AUGGUAACAAGAGAAACGACAAGAACUUAUCUGGAUUCUCAUGAAAUUUAUAGAAUAUCAAGUAAAUGGUGUUGUGGAAAAUAUGAGCCCUCCGGAAAAUGCGAAAAACUUUCUGAUCAUAACAUCGCUGAUGAUGCUGUUUGUGCUUCUAAAAUUUUUAAUAUUCAAGGUGUCGAAGCUUGGAGUCAAACAGAAGCACGAUGUAAUUACAUAUUUAAGCAUGUGGUUGAAACAUGUUUGGAUGAAUACAAAGAAUCGGAAACUUGGGAUGAUUCUAAUGAAGAUCACGAUCAGAUUUCAAAAGCAACAAACUUUCAUGGAGGAUAUUUUAUUCUUCCAUUUGUACUACUUUUGUCUUUAAGAAUGAUUUAA